GUAACUACCAGUACAAGCAAGAGUUGAUUUUGUACCCAGCUCGCCAGGUAGACUUGCAGCAUGCAUAAAUGGAAAGAGGGGAGCCCAUCCCUUGCAGCACUUCGGCCUCCGUCCCAGAUGCACUUCCUUCUAUCACGCCUCUUAUACACCUUCGUUUGCACAUUAUAGACUGACAUAGCCCCUCUUUGGUAUUACUUCUCAGACAUAUCGUUUCCCAUAUCUGAUCAUUUUACGCCUGUGUGUGACUCCAUCCACCCGGCAUUGAUCCCCAUUUGUUUGCGUCAUAUACACCCACACGUUCGCUACCUGUCUCCAGAGCCGCUGGCUGGCUUCUGAUGUAUAAUAUUUGAGGGUAAAGAGGAGGAUCAGCCGGCAGGGAAGAGUCCUGCUCCUCUCCAUACCCGUGUCUCUCGACCUUGCCUCUACCCAACAUGACCACCCCCGAGAAAGAACUGCCUCGCUUCGAGUUCGACCCAUCCAGCCAAAGGCCCUCCGAUGACGACAGCACGGCGGUGGAAAAUGACAGACACGAGGGUUCUGUCGACGGCAAACUGUUGCUCGACCGGUUGAAGGUGGAAACACAGCGACGAGAUACCAAUACACGCUUCGAGGACCCACGGUCCCCCAGCAAGACGCGAGAGGAGGCUCAUCGUCUCGAGGAUGAACUGGCCGUGCAGAGAGCUGAACGGUUGACGUCAAUUGAAUCUCGGGACUCAGAGGGCGGUCGGAGUUCAGCACAACUCCAUCGAUCCCGAUCAAGAGCACCCGAACCACUCGACGAGUUUGACACGGCUACGAACCCUAUCCACGAACGUACCGCCAUAUACAAGCCGCCCGAAAACCCCAGCACUAAGAUUGCCAAAUUCUUCAAAUACAUCCACCACUCUAGCUUCGUCAUACGCUACUUCACCUACAUCGUCCCGGUCUUUGCCCUCCUCCUGAUUCCCAUUCUGGUUGGGGCAUUCCUACCUGCUGCCGAGCAUGCAAGUGUCGGCGGUGUUGAUUUGAUCUGGUUCGGAGUAUGGCUCGAAAUUAUCUGGCUGACUCUCUGGGCUGGGCGUAUUGUUGCCCGGAGUAUCCCGUAUCCUCUGGGUCUUAUCUCGAGCCUCUUCACGAACAAUUCCAAAAAGUGGCGAGAUUUAGGCAAAGCCCUCGAAAUUCCGGCGACAAUCUUCUUCUGGUGGCUUGGUAUCGAGGUCUCUUUCUUGCCUACCAUGACCAACCACCAUGUUAAUGGCUCCAAACAAACGAAGCACUGGGAAAAGGUUCUUAAUAAGGUCAUUAUCUCUAUUUUCGUGGGUGCGACCUUGAACUUCAUCGAGAAGAUCAUUAUUCAGCUGAUUGCCAUUUCCUUCCACUUGCGAACCUACGCCGACCGCAUUGAAAUCAACAAAUUCCAAAUUGGCAGCCUGACGAAACUCUACAUCUUUUCCAAAGCCAAAAUUGCCAUGGAGGACGCAGAAUUUGAAGAGAAACACGUGGAACCUGGGUCUGGAACCAAAACUCCCGCCUUAUACGCCGCUCAAGCUCAGGAAGCUCUCACCAAGGCAUUUGCCAAAGUAGGUGAUGUGGCCGGUACUGUUGCGGGUGAUUUUACUGGGAAGAAGGUGGCGAAAAGUGGCCACCCUUCUCAGGUUGUCUUGACCCUGCUCAACAGCACCGGCGGGUCGCAAGUUCUGGCUCGACGCCUGUAUCGGACAUUCGUGCGAGAGGGAUUCGAAACCGUGUCCUCGGAAGACCUGAAGGCCGCUUUUGACAACGAAGAGGAAGCUGAAGCUGCUUUCAGCAUGUUCGACAAAGACAUGAAUGGGGAUAUCUCGAUGGAGGAACUUGAAGCGGUUUGUGUCGAGAUCGGCAGGGAACGGAAAUCGAUCACUGCUUCUCUCAAGGACCUCGAUUCUGUCGUCAGCAAGCUUGACGAUGUUCUGUUUUUCAUCGUUUGCAUCGUCACCCUCUUGGUCCUUAUCUCUCUCAUCUCCACUUCGGCAGCCGGAGUCCUGACUUCUGCUGGGUCAGCAGUACUCGCUCUAUCCUGGCUGUUCUCCGCCACGGCUCAAGAAUUCCUUCAGUCCUGUAUCUUUGUCUUCGUCAAGCAUCCAUUCGACGUUGGGGACCGAGUUUCAAUCUACGGCAACACCGGGUCAUCGCUCAAAGGAGAUGACUACUUUGUCAAGGAAAUCUCGCUGUUGUACACGGAGUUCAAGAAAAUGGAAGGCCACAUUGUUCAAGCGCCAAACUCGUAUCUCAACACGUUAUUCAUCCUGAACAUGCGGCGCUCUGGAGGUCUUGCCGAAGCCGUUCCUAUUGUCAUCAGAUUUGGUACCACUCUGGACCAAAUCGAGGCUUUGCGCAACUCGCUACUCGAAUUUGUCAGAUCCGAAAAGCGUGAGUACCAGGGAAAUAUCUUGACGGAACUUAGGGAGGUGACCGAAGCGUAUUCUCUCACGCUGAAUGUUGUGUUCUUCUACAAAUCGAACUGGCAAAACGAGCUGCUUCGACUUCAGCGAAGGAACAAAUUCAUCUGCGCUUUGAUGGUGGCUAUGCAAGAGAUUGGCAUCGAAGGACCUCGUCGUAACCAAGCUGGUUGGAGAUCAGAUGUGCCGUACUUUAUGCAGCUGCCUCCGGGCGCUCCACCUCUCAUCGGCGGCAAUGGCAACGAGCUGCAGCCUGGCCAUGCUUCGGGGAGUAUUACUGGGGAUCCAAUCCAUCAGACGCCGGCUGUUGCAGCCCCUCCGCUUCACUACCCUUCCAUCAUGCGGCGACGGCCUAGCACAGGCCAACUAGGACGACCUAGAGGCGAGUCUCUGUCGGCCAUGGCCAAGAGGGUGGACUUUUCGUUGGGUAUGAAAGACGUCAGUUCAGGGGAGCAACUGUCCGAUGUGUACGAAGACCGAAGCCGCCCACAAUUCGAAGAGGUGAUCCGAGAGUCCAACCGGAUCGAAGAGGAACGAAGGAUCUCAGAGUCCCAAGAACGCGAAAGCCACGGAAGGUCAACGUCUCGCGAAGGACACAUGAUGAGCGGGAUUCUUCGGCGCUCGACCACUCAAAGCUUUGGUGGUAGCAGACAACCAUCCACCACGGGCCACCAUCGGGCCUCGAUCAGCAGUACCGAGACACAUCGCAACCGCUUCCUCAGCCGCUUCAAUCGCACGGGCCGAAGCAUGGAUCUUCCGCGCGACUCACUGGCGGAGGAGGGCCAGGCACCCCCCAUUCCGUCUGUUCGCCCUCUAGAUGCGAGAUCUGGUAAAGUCAGCUCACAGGCAGUUCGUGUGGACUCGAUUGCGUCUCACACUACUGAAGACGAGCCAUUCCCACCCAUGGCUCCAGUGAGCAGCAACGCGGAGGACUUUGAAUUGAAGAGGCUCGGCGGCGAGAGUUCGUCCAGCCAACAGCAUUAAAAAUCAGGGGUAUCUUUUACUCCUUGUUUCUGGAUUUUGGUCCGACGGUGUCAAAUGGUCGGUCUUUUUGGAAACAAAAGUUCUACGGUUGGUGGCCGUUGCAAUGGGUCGGCUCAUUAUCGAGCCCGAGGAGGCUUCGAUUUGAAUUGUAAUUUCUUUACAGCCUUCAAGAUGUAUAGACAUGUUAUGAAGUGGUCUGAUUUGACUACGUGGUGAUGACUAUAGAGAUAGAGCUUAUGAACGGACGAAAUUUGGCUUCUGACAAAUUCAAAAAGCCACCAAAAACG